AUGGGCCCCCCUCACGAGGAGAUACUAGCCCUCAAAAGACGCAGGGAGCAAAACCGCCUUGCACAACGACGUCGCCGUGAUAAUGUUCGACGGCGGCUGAGAGACCUGGGCCUCGACACUAACAGUCCGCUCUCUCCCAGUCCAAUGUCAAAAGACCGUACAGUCACACUAAAUUCUCACCAGAGCGCCAGAUCAACCAACUCGUUAUCGUUUGAGAUCCCCAUUGCUGACACGGACAUGUCGCCAUAUGAUGCGUCUUUGAAAAGCCUGGUACGAUUGGACAGCCAAAUUCCACUGACUGAAGUCUCAUUGCCGGCAUAUGCCUUGUCUUUCUCAUCAUCUGCGGGCCCACUAUCAGGUUCUACAUCUGCCAGUCAGCGCACAUACGAUGAUUCAACAGAUCCUACUUGGGUACAGACUUUCUAUGAUACAUCACUACCCACGAUUUCCUUUGAUGGCAGUAACACGCCACCCCGUGAGGCUCAAAUCCCAAUCACCGACGACAACAAUCUCCCUCGAGCGUCAAACCUACGGAGUAUGAGGUCUAGCUUAAAUGACACAUCGCCCAGAGCCUGCACGUUACCCUCGUCCACAGAUGGUGACCAGAUGAGUUCACCAGGCCUUCCAUCUUAUCAAGUCCCACAACAUUGCAGAACGCCAUUUCCGCCACAGGUACAUCCGCGAUGGACCACGGCGCUACAUAUGGCAGUCUCGAGGGGCAAUUUCGCGGUGAUGCGACUUCUCCUGGGCCAUGGAGCGGACCCCAACGCAGUCAACAGCGAAGGAGCUACGGCUCUCCAUGUCGGAGUCAUAAAUGGCAAUUACACGAUGGUGGCUGAGCUCCUCCAACGGGGGGCUGAUCCCACCCUCACCAAUGCGGCAGGCUGGCUUCCACUGCACCUCGCGGUUCAUGCGGGCGAUGAGGGUUGUGUACGAGUGUUACUUGAGGCCGACCAGCCUGUUGACUAUCCCAUAUCCAAUUUCGAGUACCCUUGA